AUGGCAGCUCUCACAACCGCCACCGCCAAUAGAUUUCAAAAAACUCUGAUUCCGUCAUCGAUUACGACACACGCCGCUCGUUCUCGCCGAAGAAUUCAAAUCAAAGCCUCGGUGUCAACGUUUCCCGACGCAAUCCGAGAUGACUCGAGGAAUUCAGCGCUGAGUCUCUACGAGAUACUCAGGGUCAAUCCAUGUGCCUCGCAAGUGGAGAUCAAAACUGCAUAUAGAAGUCUUGCUAAGGUAUACCAUCCUGAUGCGAUGUUUAAUCAUGAUCAUCAACAGGAUGAUGAUGAGGAGCAAUCGGACGGUGGAGAUUUUAUCGAGAUUCAUAACGCUUAUGAGACGUUAUCGGAUCCGGCAGCUAGAGCGCGGCCAGGAAUUUUUAUAGGAGAGCCGUUGGAUAUUCAGGUGGGUAUUAUACGACCCGAAGAUGGGAAACUGAUCAGUGCUGGUGAAGAAAAUGGAAAAAUGACUAGAUUCAACGAACCUGAUUUGACUGGGUAUUCGGGUCAGAGGUAG